CUGGCGCAGCUGAUGGACAGCGAGACGGACAUGGUGCGGCAGAUCCGGGCUCUAGACAGCGACAUGCAGACCUUGGUUUAUGAGAACUACAACAAGUUCAUCUCAGCCACAGACACCAUCCGGAAGAUGAAGAAUGAUUUCCGGAAGAUGGAGGACGAGAUGGACCGGCUGGCAAACAAUAUGGCAGUGAUCACGGACUUCAGUGCGCGCAUCAGCGCCACGCUGCAGGACCGCCACGAGCGCAUCACCAAGCUGGCAGGGGUCCACGCGCUGCUGCGGAAGCUGCAGUUCCUUUUUGAGCUGCCCUCGCGCCUCACCAAGUGUGUGGAGCUGGGUGCCUACGGGCAGGCGGUGCGCUACCAGGGCCGCGCCCAGGCCGUGCUGCAACAGUACCAGCACCUGCCCUCCUUCCGCGCCAUCCAGGAUGACUGCCACGUCAUCACGGCUCGCCUGGCCCAGCAGCUCCGGCAGCGUUUCAGGGAGGGUGGUUCAGGCGCCCCCGAGCAGGCCGAGUGUGUGGAGCUGCUGCUGGCCCUGGGCGAGCCGGCCGGGGAACUGUGUGAGGAGUUCCUGGCUCACGCCCGAGGAAGGCUGGAGCAUGAGCUGCGGGGCCUGGAGGCUGAGCUGGGACCCUCCCCGCCCGCGCCCGACAUCUUAGAGUUUACCGACCACGGGGGCAGCGGCUUUGUGGGCGGCCUCUGCCAGGUGGCUGCGGCCUACCAGGAGCUGUUUGCCGCCCAGGGCCCCGAAGGGGCCGAGAAGCUGGCAGCCUUUGCCCGCGAGCUGGGUGGCCGCUACUUUGAGUUGGUGGAGCGGCGGCUGGCUCAGGAGCAGGGCGCCAGUGACAAUUCGCUGCUGGUGCGAGCGCUGGACCGCUUCCACCGGCGUCUGCGGGCCCCUGGCGCCCUGCUGGCUGCUGCGGGGCUCGCUGAGGCGGCCACGGAGAUCGUGGAGCGGGUGGCCCGCGAGCGCCUGGGCCACCACCUGCAGGGCCUGCGAGCUGCCUUCCUGGGCUGCCUGACUGACGUGCGCCAGGUGCUGGCUGCGCCCCGCCUGGCUGGGAAGGAAGGCCCGGGUCUGGCUGAGUUGCUGGCCAACGUGGCCAGCUCCGUCCUCAGCCACAUCAAGGCCUCACUGGCUGCAGUCCACCUCUUCACUGCCAAGGAGGUGUCCUUCUCCAACAAGCCCUACUUUCGGGGCGAGUUCUGCAGCCAGGGCGUCCGGGAGGGCCUCAUUGUGGGCUUCAUCCGCUCCAUGUGCCAGACGGCUCAGAGCUUCUGUGACAGCCCCGGGGAGAAGGGAAGCGCCCCGCCGCCUGCCCUGCUCCUGCUGCUCUCGCGCCUCUGCCUGGACUACGAGACGGCCACCGUCUCCUACAUCCUCACUCUCACCGAUGAGCAGUUUCUGGUGCAGGACCAGUCUCCAGUGACGCCGGUGAGCACACUGUGUGCAGAGGCCAGGGAGACGGCACGGCGGCUGCUGACACACUACGUGAAGGUGCAGGGCCUGGUCAUAUCUCAGAUGCUGCGGAAGAGCGUGGAGACGCGGGACUGGCUCAGCACCCUGGAGCCACGGAACGUGCGGGCCGUCAUGAAGCGGGUGGUGGAGGACACCACGGCGAUCGACGUGCAGGUGGGGCUCCUGUAUGAGGAAGGUGUUCGCAAGGCCCAGAGCAGCGACUCCAGCAAGAGGACUUUCUCCGUAUACAGCAGCUCCCGGCAGCAGGGCCGCUAUGCACCCAGCUAUACACCUAGUGCCCCGAUGGACACCAACCUCUUGAGCAACAUUCAGAAGCUCUUUUCUGAACGCAUUGACGUGUUCAGCCCGGUGGAGUUCAAUAAGGUGUCGGUGCUGACGGGCAUCAUCAAGAUCAGCCUGAAGACGCUGCUGGAGUGCGUGCGGCUGCGCACCUUCGGCCGCUUUGGACUGCAGCAGGUCCAGGUGGACUGCCACUUCCUGCAGCUCUACCUGUGGCGCUUCGUGGCCGACGAGGAGCUCGUGCACCUACUGCUGGACGAGGUGGUGGCCUCAGCGGCCCUGCGCUGCCCGGACCCUGUGCCCAUGGAGCCCAGCGUCGUCGAAGUCAUCUGCGAGCGCGGCUAG